CGCGCGCGCCAUGCGCCACGAGUGGCCGAGCGCUCGGCCGCGGACCGUGCUGGGCGUGCGGCGCAGCUCGCUGCUGCUGCUGCUGUACGCCGCCUUCUACUGCGUCUACCUGGCCGCCGGCGGCUUCGCUUUCGCCGCCCUAGAGGCCCCCGCCGAAGACGAGCUCAAGGAGCUUCUCGCCAUCUCCCGGCGCCGCUUCCUGGACGACAACCCCUGCGUCACAGAUGAGGCCCUGGAGGAGCUGAUCGAGGAAGUGGUGCGCGCUAGCAACAGAGGCGUUUCCGCAGCCAAGAAUGCUUCUGGAGAACCCAACUGGAGCUUUGGACAGUCGCUUUUCUUCUCCAGCACCGUCGUCACCACCAUCGGUUAUGGGCAUGUGACACCGCUUUCCAAAGGUGGAAAGGUGUUUUGCAUGAUAUACGCAAUGCUGGGAAUCCCUCUGACUUUGGUGCUGCUGACAGCCCUGGUGGAAAGAUUGAUGGUUCCAACAACAGUGCUGCUACAGACCCUGAACUCACGCCUUGGCCAUCUGUAUCAGCCCUUCAACAUCCGUCUGCUGCAUCUUGCUAUCGUUGUCACAGUGCUCGUCGCAUUUUUCAUGAUGCUGCCUGCUUCAGUUUUUGCAGCACUUGAACCAGAGUGGGACUUCCUGGAUUCUCUGUAUUACUGCUUUAUAUCACUCACAACUGUGGGCCUUGGUGACUACAUUCCAGGAGAUUCUCCAAAUCAGGCAUACAGACCCCUGUAUAAGGUUGCAACCACAGGUUAUCUUCUUGCGGGCUUGACAUUUAUGAUGCUGACACUGACUGUAUUCUACGACAUCCCCCAACUGAAUUUUGGUCUAUUCUUCUUGAUGCGUUCUGAUGAAACCACUGGAGAUCCAGAGAAAGUGCGCUUGCAGACGCCAGGAACCAUUGGUCCGAAAUAUACGCAGCAGCUGGAUGAUGGAGGAUCAGGACGUCAUGCAGUGGUGCGUGUCAAGUCACGCCAUGACGAUUCUCCUAGCCCUGAAGACACCACACCUGUACACGCUCGCCCUUAAAUUGGCAUACUGCUUUACUGACCUUUCAAAGAAAGCAAGGAAAAUUUUGUAGCAAAAAGCCACUUGUGACUUUCCUUGGAAUAUUUUUAGUUUCAUUGAAACUGCAACUAUGUCUGAUCAUUUUUUAAUUAGCACUUCAUUCCUUCAGUUAAUAACCAACUGGCAUUGUUUUGCAGUGGUUUAUUACAAAUAUGUUAUAUUUAUUUAUAACUUUGCCAUUAAACACGAAUAGUACCAAUGUGUAAGUUUAAGAUCGUCAUGUAACUAUCUAAAAACAUACAACUCAGUUAAUCUGUGGCAGUUUCUGGAGCAUUAUGUAAACUAUCAGUAUGAUGGAUAAUCAAAAUAUGGAGCAAAUUUUAAGCACAGUACCAUUAAUCUGUUGAUAUUGUCAGAAGAAAAGGUAGACCAUACCUGCAAACUUAAAAAAUUAACGGUUAGUAGCAAGUAUGGAGAUGUUUGUUAAGUAAUGUGUCCCCACUACACUCCUGAGCGUCAGCUAGUACUUGCAGAAGUUCCUCGCUGUAGAUCUGAAUAAAGCCUCAAUUUAAAUAAUUAUUCCUUGCCUUUCUGUGACUUUUAAAUGAGUUAGGGUCAAUUACAAUUUUGUGUAAAAUUUAAAUAAUCCUUCAAUUUGAGGUUAUUUGUAGGUACAUAGUUUACCUGAAUUUAGAAUCAAUCAACCGAUUUUCUUUAAAUCACAGUACUUGCUGAAGGACAAAAAUUUAUGGUUAAUCACAUUUAAAUGGUCCAGCUCCUUGGUGUACCAUCUCACAAAUGAGAACCUCUCAUUGCACAAAGUUCACUGUUUAUGUUCCUCAGUUUAUUUACUACAAAUAAUCUAGUGGACAUUCCCUUCAACACAAAUCCAUGAGCUCAUGUUAUCAAUUAUUUAACUUAUUUAUUUUUGCUACAAAAUUUAUGCUUAUGUCUUUCAACUGCUAGCCAAUUGAUUAUUCAUAGAAUUCAUCAAUAAAAUUUGUUGCAUCUGAACAUUUAGGUUCCUAUGCAUAUGAUUAAGUGUCAAAUUAAUUUAUUUGAAUGAAGAUGUUGUUUGAAGUCUCUAAAGCAACACUGAACUCUAAAAUGUAUCUCAGUAUCUUGAAUAAGGGCUUACAAAAAUGUAAUUUUCAUAAUCUAUGAAUUUUUGUCUGCAUUCUAAGCUUAGCAAACAUACAACACAAGACUUAGAACCAACGAAAAUAUCUGAUAUUUUUAUUUUUAAGGCAGCCCUUAACCUGAAAAUAAAGUAUUUCAGACGCCAGACUUUAUAUACUUGUUUUCUGCUCAUCAAUCACAAAUUACUCAACCUUGUUUUAUGAAGCUCUGUAUACAAAUAAAGAAUUUCGGUAACUGCAAAUGAUCAGAGCCUGCGGAACUUUGCAUGAGAUUGAUGUGAAAUGAGUAAAUAAAGUUUGUGAAUAUUUUAUGUUGGAUUUUAAGAAACCAUUUCAAUCUAACCAAAAAAUGUAAAAUUUUGCAAUGCUGUGCAGUUCAUGUUAUAUAUUAAAGACACUAAUUAUUGCUUUUAGCCAUAACAGCGAUUCAAAAGAUAUAUAUAUACAUAUAUAUAUACAUAUACAGUAGGCAUAUGUGUUUCACAUAACAGUCAAAUUUGAAUUAUAUAUUAUAUCUCUAGACAUGUAACGAAAAUAAAUUACCUUGAAAAGAACUUUAUGUGAAUAGCAGUAGUCAUGCCAGAAUAUAUUUAUCACUGGUUAAUCACACUUAGAAGUAUACCUGCAACUGUUAUCAUCUCUUGCCUUUCAUUGUAACUAACCUGUGAUAAAUUAGUUCCCACAUGGAAGAAAGAGGAAUUGAAUCAUGUACUACUUACAAAAAAUCAGUGAAUGUCUUCUUAGUUUAAAAACUCACUAGCAGGACAAUAAAAUGGUAAUAUUAUUCGUUGUUCUCAAAUCAACAGAAGAUUAUUUGUAACAGGAACUUGUGAAAUACGAUCUGUCCACAUCUACUGCACAGAAAUUAGUGUUAGCAGAAUAAAUAAUGUAGCUCCUCUUAACAGAAGAUAUGUAAGAACAAAUAAAGUAUGUCUGUGUAAAUAAUGUUGAAA